ACGACGGUAGAACAUGUUGCAGCUGAAAUGUGUAACUAUAAAGUUGGAAGUCACAAUAUGUUGCUAGAGCUAGCUCGGCUCACGGCUGUGGUGUGGUUCACCCGUGUGCUAUGAUUGAACUCACCAUCAGCUAAACAACGGUCGAAUAUCUGGAUAUUAUCCACAUUGUAGGACCAACACUAUAGGAUAUUUAACACACGUUGAAAAAAAAAUGUUGCCUGUGUUGAUUCUGUGUUUGUUUCUUCAAGUUUGUGCGGAGAUGGAUUUAAACGAUAUCACCGAAGAACGUCUCAACUACAACCUGUUUGAGAAGUAUAAGUACAACAACCUGAUUCGGCCAGUGAUCAACACCAGCGACAGUCUCCAGAUCAACUUCAGUCUGGCUCUCAGUGCCAUCAUCAACGUGGACGAGAAGAACCAGGUCAUUAAGACCAACGUUUGGCUGCAGAUGAACUGGCACGACUACCAGCUUCUCUGGGAGCCACAGGAUUACAGGAACGUCACUCAGAUCAAGGUCAGUUACACCAAGGUCUGGCUCCCGGACAUUGUCCUGUUCAACAAUGCUGAUGGUAAGUUUGAGCCUUCUUACAACCCCAACUGUGUGCUACAGAGUAAUGGGAACUUGCAGUUUAUCCCCCCUGCCAUCUAUACAAGUUCCUGUUCCAUAGAUGUCAAGUAUUUUCCCUUCGAUCAGCAAGAAUGUGAAAUGAAGUUUGGAUCGUGGUCAUUCGAAGGCAAGACGUUGGUUUAUCACAUGGUCAAGAGUAAGCUGGAGUUGGCUGAUUAUAUGAAAAACGGAGCAUGGGACAUAAUCGACUGCCCGGGGAAUAUUACGGUCAUUCGCGAUUCUAUUACAGGGGAGAGCAAGGAGAUUAUAGUUUUCAAACUUGUGAUUCGCCGCAAGACUCUGUUCUACACAGUCAACCUGAUCAUCCCAAGUUUUCUCCACGCGCUGGCCUGCCUGUGUGUCUUCCUCUUGCCAGCAGACGGCAAGGCCAAGGUCACUCUGGUCAUUUCAGUCCUUGUGUCACUGGUUGUGUUUUUACUUUUGCUACAAAAGAUUUUGCCACCAUCAAUGACCAUACCUUUGAUUGCAAAGUACUUUAUAUUUACAUUUAUAAUGAAUGUCCUGGAGAUCAUCAUUACUAUUUUUAUAAUCUACGCCCACCAUAAAACUCCUCAAACUGCUGUCAUGCCUAAAUGGAUGCGCUGGUUAUUUUUAUACAAACUGCCUAAGUAUAUAUUCAUGGAGAGGCCAAACCAUGAUGAUCGCUGGCAAGAGAAGAAUUGCACGCCCCCACCCUCCUACCCUAAUACUCCUCAGGUAUCUAGAGCAAAUAUUUUCUUGAGACACCUCCCACCAGAAGGUAAACACAAGAAACAUAAACAGAGUAACCUCCCAUCUACAAGCACAGACUCUAGAGAACACGACAGAGUGAUGGCUUGGAGGGAAAAGUUCAGCAAAAGUCACUCUCACGGUCAGAGUGGACUGUCCUCUUCUGCAUCUGGCAGCCAUCUGUCAUCUGAUGAGAGUCCUACUCAAGAAACCCGUGAGUUCCUUCCCCCUAACUUUCCCCCCAAUGGCCACAGAUGUAUGCUGAGGGAGUCCACUAGCCAAUCAGAAGAGAGCUUAGCAGGAAGAGAAACCAAUCGGGCUGUGUUGUACACUAGCAACUCUAACCCACUUGUGUUGACUAAGGAGAUCUACAGUGUUAGCAACGCUAUCAAAUUUAUCUGCCGGCAAAUGAAAAACAAGGAUGAUUAUAAUACAGUCAUAGAUGACUGGAAGUACGUGGCCGCUGUGCUUGACCGACUUCUUAUGAUCAUAUUCGUCCUAGUCUCCUUAUGUGGGACUUUGGGUGUACUCACUAACGCCCCACACAUUCUAGAAACUGUCAAUCAAGACCAAAUUUUGGACAAAAUCAAACAAAUUACAACAGCCGAGGAAUCUUAGCACGUGAUGUUUCAGUGGAUAUCAGUGUGUUUUGCUGCUGAACUGGAUUGUUUUGGAUAAUAUUUCAUUGAGUUGUUGUUGAAAUGGAUUAACUAACACAGUGACUUAACAAGCAAUUAAGUUGAAUUUAUAUUAUAUUUAUGUUAGGUAGUAAAAAUAUCAUUAAUAAUAUUAAUAAUAACAUUUAUAAUAAUAGGCCUAAUGAUAAUAAUUACAAUUUUUUUUAAUAAUAAUUGUAAAAAUAAUAAUAGUAGGGCCUAAUAGUAAUAAACGUAAUAAUAAUUUUUAAAAGAAAAACUAAUAUGUUUUAAAAAUUAUGAUAAAAAUGCUGGAUAACAUUAAAUGUGAAUUGAAACUUGUUGAAGUAUUGAAUCUAAAAAGAAAAAAAAAAUCAGACUUUAAGACCUCUUGUUAUCUUCACUUAUAAUAAUAAAAGUCUCUUGAAAAAAAAUCAUUUUUUAAGAGCAGGAGAAAAAUAAUGAGAUUAUUAACAAGUUGAACUUUUUAUAACUUUCAACAUGUGUUUUUUUUUCAUGGAUUAAUGUAAUUUUUGAAUGUGGAUAUAUGACUGGGUUCUCAAUGGAUUAUCCAGAUGUGGAUAUGUCUGUAAGGUAAGGUUUUACAAUUGUUUUUGUAGCUGUAGAUAUCUCUUUUCUGUUUACAGCUGAUAUAAAUUAAAAUGUGGGCUGUCUUGUUGAGAGUUUAUUUAUUAUACAAUUAAUUUAAAGAUAUAUUUUUGUGUUUAGAUAUACAAUUAUAUAUUUAACAUGUACUUAUAUUAGCAUUCACUACAAAACAUUGUAGGUCUAAUGAAAUGUAUUAAUUCAUAUUUAAUUAACAAUGUUUAAUGACAAUAAUAAUGUAAAUGAGCACAAGCUGUGCAAGCUUCA